GACAGAGAGAAAACGGAGUCUUUAAAACCACUCCCCCUCUCUUUCCUCUCUCUCGUCUCUCUUUCUCUGUCUCUCUCUCAUGGCUGCUCUCAAAACCCUUCCUCUCCUUCUCUUUCUCGUCCUAAUCUCGGCUCCUCCGGCUUUCUCCACCAAUUCAGAAGGAAACGCUCUCCAUACCCUAAGAACAAGACUCUCAGAUCCGACGAACAUACUCCAGAGCUGGGAUCCGACCCUAGUCAACCCUUGCACAUGGUUCCACGUCACCUGCGACCUCCAAAACCACGUCAUCCGCCUCGAUUUGGGGAAUUCUAAUGUCAGCGGUCGUUUGGGGCCGGAGCUUGGCGAACUCAAGCAUCUUCAAUACUUGGAGCUUUACAGGAACAAUUUUGAAGGGAAAAUACCCAAGGAAUUGGGUAAAUUGAAGAACCUUGUUAGUUUGGAUUUAUACGGGAAUAGGUUUGAAGGAAACAUUCCGAAAUCAUUCUCAAAGUUGAAAUCCCUUCGGUUUUUGCGCAUGAACGACAAUAGGCUUACAGGAUCCAUUCCUAGAGAGCUCACAGCCCUUUCAAACCUCAAAGUCUUUGAUGUUUCUAAUAACGAUCUUUGUGGAACCAUUCCAAUUGACGGCCCGUUCACAAGCUUCCCCAUGCAGAGUUUUGACAACAACAGCCGACUCAAUGGACCGGAGCUGAGAGGACUGGUGCCAUAUGAUUUUGGAUGUUGAAGAAGUGUUCAACAAUCUCAUUGGUCUGAGUAUGGUGUUCUGCGAUCCUUACCAUCCAUUCACAAUAUCGACCUCAGGAUCCUUAUGAUGUUGGCUAUAUAUGAUAAGGUUUUUAAAUUAAGAAAGAAAGGCAUGUCCCUAUAGAUGUAUAAAACGAAGAUAUAGCUGUUUAAGACACGAAGAAUCCUUGAACAAGCAAAUAAGUUGUUGACUUUUGUACUGUGACUAGUAACAGUAAUUCCAUAAUUUAGGCUGUUUGAUUUGAGUUA